ACUGGGGCGAAUCUCCUGCAGAGCCUGGGCAGAUGCAGCUGAUGGCGGCCGCUCCCCAAAUCCAAGGGGCUGCCCCAAAACAGGGGGUCCCGAGCCCCCUCCUCAUCCUCAGCUUCCUCCUCCUCCUCCCAGGUUCCAUGUGCCAGGACCACACCUACUCGACUUCUCCCCCACGCUUGGAGACAACAACCUCCCUGGUUGUGAACGUCACCUCUACCUGCAACACCUCGGUGUACGUGUUUGCCGGACCCACCUCCCGCUCCGGAGCUCUCGGGGCGCCCCUGACCCUCGAGUGCCGCUUCAAGGCACCGCAGGAUGCCCAGGUCACCUGGCUCCAGGUGUGUCCCCGGGGCUACCUGGAUGAAACCUGGACCUGCAGGUGGCCCCAGGAAGUGCUGGUUCUGGGCAUGGGUCGUGAGGUUGAUCAGAACAAGCCCGGUCUUUCCACCCUGAGGUUCCAGCACCUGGAGCACAACCACAGCGGGCUCUACUUCUGCCGGGUGGAGGUCGGUGGCUUGAUGGCACAGUCCUGCGGGACUUUUGUGAGGGUUGAUGAGCCCAUGCCAGUGCCGUUCCUGAAUCUGAGGGACGCCACCAAGAACCGGAUCCUGACGGCGCAGGGAGUGCUGCUGCUGCUCUGUGCUGCGGGGCCGGGGCUGCUCCUGCUCUUCAGGAAGCGCUGGGCUAAUGAGCGGCUCCUCCAGCCCAAGAAAAUCUCCAUUGAGGAGGAAAAUCUUUAUGAGGGCCUGAACCUAGAUGAGUGCUCUAUGUAUGAGGACAUUUCCCGGGGGGUGCAGCCCACCUACCAGGAUGUGGGGACCCUCGCCACCACUGACAGCCUCCUGGAGAAGCCUUAAAGCACCCCCUGAACAAGGGUGUGAUCCCAAAGGACCCCUCCCCAAGCCCCUGUGUGC